AUGAAAGGUGAAAUGGAAUAUGCCAACUUACAGAAGUCACUGGCGUCUUCGGAGGCGGCGACGACGGCGGAUGUGAAACUUCGAUCGAUCACGAGUGACCUUCCGGAAGAGGACUGGGAAGUGGCCAAUUCGACAACGCAGCCCUAUUCGACGACGAAGCCCAAUUCGCCGAAGCAGUCCACAACGCCAAAGAAGCCCGAUCAGGAACCGAGCUCAACCAAAUCGGAUCACGAAGCCAUGGCGCGGGAAUAA